UAGCUCCUCACCAGGGCGGGAGCCCGAGCCUCAGGGGGGUGAGGGGAGAGCUGGGAGCGAGAAGGGGCGGAGCGGACGGUGGGCGCGGCAGCGGCGGGAUGCUAACGCGACCAGACACCCAUCCUCUCCGCUCUCCCUCUCCGGAAAGGCCGAUUUGAGAGAGGCAAAGAAAGAGCUUGUCGUUAUCCUCCAAGACCCGAGGGGACCGACCAGAAAUGAGUGGAAUGCUAUCUUAAACAAGCCAAAAAUCUGUUAUAACCUUUAUUAAAUACUACUUCAAUGAAGAAAGAUUUUAAAAAACCCUACAAGAUUACCCCAUUCAGACGCUGGUGAAUAUGUCCCUCAGUCCAAGUCGACCUUCCUCAUCAGAGUUGGUGGGACUUCAUGUUUUUUAUGUCCCUGAAGGAUCUUGGAACUAUCAGUUUAAUACCAUUUCAAUACAAGUUGUUAACAAAUUAAUUUUAGCUGGAUUUAUAAGAGUAUCUCCUCGCCUUACUUUACAAACCCUGAGGGAGCGACUCGGUGAGUUCCUUGGUGAAGAUCCUGUUGCAGAAAAAUUUUUAUUUCUGAAAUGCAUUGGAAAUAAUCUAGCUGUAGUAAAAGCAAAGCAAGAAUCAGAACUGAAACUCAAAUCAUUUGCUCCUCCAUAUGCUCUUCAACCGGAAUUAUAUUUGCUUCCUAUAAUGGAUCAUUUAGGAAAUAUUUAUUCAGCAUCAUCAGCAGUUUCUUUAGAUGCGCAGCAGACUAAUAAUGGUGUUGCUGAGGCUGAUGGAAUAAUACACAGACCACUUAGUGUAACUUUGUCAAAGGAAGAACCUGGAACAGAUCCCAGUUGUUUAGAAAACACUUUGAAAAAGCUUCUUAACAAGAAUCAGGAAGAAGCUGGGGGAAAAGCCACUCCAAAUGAAAAUCAGACUGGAAAUAAUCAAAUUGGAAAUGCUGAAUUGCCAGGAUCACAGGAAGAUUCAGAUGAUGAUUAUUUUAGCGGCAAAAAAAGUCAGUUUCUUUGGAAAACUGAAGAUGAUAGAACUAAUAUCAUUAGAAGAGAGGACAAUCAGCUAGGUAAAAAAGAGUGCAUCAGCCUACCAGACCUUAUUGAUUUUCCUUCAGUUCCUUGUCAACCUGCUCUUUCUCCAGGAAUAACUGAUAUAUUGUUAUUACAGAUUGAGAGAGAGAAUAUUAUCGAACAAAUGAAACAAGUAAAGGAAGAAAGAAAAUAUCUGGAAAGAAUUAGAGAAGAACUAAUAAAAAAAGUUGAAAGGCUAUUGGAACAAGGCAAAUUAAAGCGAUAUCAUGCUUGUGAUGUUUGGAAGAAAAAGUACUUUGAAACAAAGAAAGUUGCAGCAUCAUUGGAGGAGGUUUUAACAAAACUUCGAGAAGAUUUGGAACUUUACUAUAAAAAAUUGCUCAUUCAGCUUGGAGCCAGGGAGAUCAAGAUGAGACCAAAGAAUCUGGCAACCAUCACAAACUCUAAGAAUUACCUUAUCAUCGAGAUCACUGAAGUACAGCAUGCUAUUGACCAACUUAAGAGAAAAUUGGAUACUGACAAAAUGAAACUGAUAACAGAAAUUAAGGAAGACACUGGAACUCACCAAAAAAGAUACCCCGCAUCCAGAGACAAAGGAGAAGCCACGAUGAGAAGGUGAGAAAACAAGCAGUUUCAGAUUUACGCACAUUGAAAGCUGAACUGGCCCAGAAGAAAUUUAAUACAUCUUUUCAAUCUCAAUAAGUAUAGGGAGAAUUGGCUCCUGCAAUACAUUGUGACCAGACCAGACUUCGUUCACCAUAAGACAUCACAAAGAGAAAGUCACAAGCAUCUGCAAUUCCGGUAUAAUUAUAGCACCUCCUACCUACGCAGUUUGGAGACCAAGAUACAUCAAAGGUUACCUGUGGGAAAACCAUUUUAUGUAACAUGAUCAAAUAUGCAUAUUAUGGCAGAUGUUUUGUUGAUUAUAUAUUCUCUUGCCUCAUAUUACUCCCCCUCUCAAAAAGAACCACUUAUGUGUCUGACGUAAGGUUUGACAUGUAUGGAACUAGAACAAGUCUAAGAAAUAUAUUUUUUGCCUACACGGACUGACCCAGACAUAUAUUUUGGACAAUGUUUUGGACAUAUAUUUAGGUAAUGGACAUAUAUUUGGACCCAGGCAUAUUUGGACAUAUACAAUGACCAGGAGCAGGCACUGUGUAGAAGAGGAGUUUUAAAGUCACAUGCCUUCAGAGGACAGACUAGCAACUCGACUGAUUGAAGGAAACUGGUGUAAUCACAGUAGGGUGUGGUAGGGCCUAUAAGCAACUAGAGAGUAAAAGCACACGAAAAGAAUUCAAAUACAAAAGUUCUUAAAAAUAUCGUGCAAGCUAAAUAGGUCAUCUCUUGGCACAAGCUUACUGGACUAUGUUGGCAGUUUGAGCCCUUGAUUUACAAUUACUUUACAUGGUAAGUUUAGUCCAACAUUAUAGUUAAAGAGUAGUGGUGUUUUAUGGCUACAAGUAUAAAUUAAUCAACUCAAAAUGUUGAACAAAUCACUUAAAUGCUCUUAUUUUAUGUAAAUAUUCAAAUAAAACUUGAGUGUUAAAUUAUCUUUCAUUUUGAAUAGUGAGCCAGUCCUCAAUAAGGAUGAAUCUCUUUAAAAGAUUUAUUGCCUUAAGAUGUUGGUCAAAGGGUCAAACUUUCAGUUAUAAAAUAAAUAAGUUCUGAGACCUAAUGUAAAAAAAAAGAUUUAUUGCCUUAACUGAAUAUUAAUUAGCUUUAUUUUAUUAAUAUAUGUCUGCAAACAUUCUAAAUCUUCAUUAAAAGUUUUCUUCUUAAUUAGGCUCUCAAUAAAUGUAUUGAUUAAUAUUACAAAAAAUUGAGGUAUUUUAGUUAAAUAUUUACACUUUGGCUAAUUUAUUCUACUAUAACUCUUUUUAGGACUUUCUCAAAAUUCUCUCUAUAAUUCUUUCAUUAUUAACACUAAAGGAAGCUCUGCUUUGUAAGAAUAGGCUUUCCCCAAAGCUCUCCAGCAAAAUAGGUUAUAAAGUGAAAUUUUUACAUAUUGGACUUCAUUUUAUCGCUGUCCCCUUUUAGAAAAUGGAAGUAUAAUAAGGUAAUAGAGAAAGUGAUUACCUCUAAGCAGGUAAAUUUCAAAUCCAUUUUGUAAGUCCUUACCUCUCUCCUGAGCAGUGAGAAUAUUUUCACCUGGGUUUCCUCCUGAGCAGUGAGAAUAUUUUCACCUGGGUUUCCUGUCAUGGUUAAUCUCAUAUUUUUGAGAAGGCAGCAUUAGUAUAUUAGAAAAGAAAUCAAAAGACUUUGGUUCUUAUCUUGGCUCUCUUAUAACUAGGUUAUUUCAUUUUAAAUAUCUGAUCUGUUUUCCCACAUGUAACAAUGAAGGUGUAGAAAGAAUUCUUCAAGAGCACUUCUAGCUCUUUAAUUCUGUGAUCACAAAUUCUAUAAUCCUAAAUUAUCAUCUUUUCCCAAAAACUCAUUUCUCCUUCCUGGGGCUCUAUAUUAGUCAUUUUUUUCUGGUCACCAGUUUAAGAACCUUUGGGCCAUUUUCUGACUGUUCCUCCCUCACACCCCAUAACUAAUCUCACAUUUUCCUUUGGGUGGCCUCUCACAGUUGUUCUGCCCAUUCCUUUCCAUUAAUUAAUUAAUUCAAUGAAUAUUGAACACUUGCUGAGUGUUAGGGUUAUGCCAUCAUCCCAAUUCAAACCAUAAAUUCCAAGUUAUUGGAUUACUGGGUUAGUCCUUACAGGUCUUUCUUUCUCCUCUAGACUUUUUUACGUACUACCAUAAAUAAUCUUCCCCAAAUACUUUCUAUACACAUUACGCAUUACAUACAGAAUAAAAUGCACACUCUUCAGUGUCACAUCCUGGAUCUUCCACAAUCUGGUUCAUCUUGGCAACUGUACUUCCCACUAACUUAACUAACAUGAACUUGACAUAGUAGCCCAAAUUGCUCUACUUGCCCCUCAAACAUGGAAAUAGACAUUCCUACUGCAAAGUCUUUGCUCAGUCUCUUCCCCCUUGCUCUUUCACUAUAGCUUAAUCAGGACUAGCAAAUAAGUUCCCAUACAUUAAUUCUACCCUAUUAACAACAGCAAUCUACAGAAUGAAGGAAAAGUGUCUGAGACCAAAAUGUGUGAGGAGAGGAGUAUGGUGGCCUGCAUACCAGGUAUUUGCUAUCCUUGACCUAAAUUGUACUCAUUUGAAAAGCUGAAUUCCACACUGACAAACCUUCCCUACUUGUAUAAAGCCAUAGAGAUGUUGAUCGUUACAUCAUUUAUUAUUUUUCCAGUGAUUCUCAAAUUCAUGUUGACCAACUACACCAGAAUCACCUAUAACACUUGGUAAAAAUACAGUUCCUAGAAUCUAUGCCAGAAUCAACUUCUGGGCAUAUUUUUAACAAGCACUCCCAGGUGAUUCUGAGAUAGAUUUAGAGUCAUUAGUUUAUACUAUAUAUAUCCUACUUAACUAGAUUUAAAAUUUUGAAAGGCAGGUAUCAUUCAUAUAUUCAAUAAGUAAUUUUUAAACAUUGUGUUAGACAUCGAGGAACUGGUCCCUGCCUUCAAAAAACUCACUGUCUAGCCUAGCAGUUUUUUCUCAGCUUUACUGAGGUAAAAUAGACAAGUAAAAUUGUAAUAUAUUUUAAGUGUACAACAUAAUGAUAUGCAUAUAUAUGCAAAAGUAUUCCCAUCAAGUUAAUUAACAUAGCCAUCACCUUUAUUUAUUUAUUAUUUAUUAUUUAUUUAUUUAUUUUGGUGAUAACACUAAAAUUCUACUCUCAGCAAAUUUCAAAUUAUACAAUACAGUACAAUCAACUAUAGUCAUCAUGUUAUGCACUAAAUCCUCAGACUUUAUUCAUCUUACAACAAAGUUUAUACCUUUUACCAGCCUAACUGUAUCUAACUACAGUUUCCUUAUUGAUGUUUCCCUAUUGAUUAUCUGUCUGAAUAAUCUGUCCAUUGCUGAAAGUGGAGUACUAAAGUCCUCUACUAUUAUUAUAUUGCUGUCCGUUUCUCCCUUCAGAUAUCUUAGUGUUUAUUUAAUAUAUUUGGGUGCUCUGAUGUGGAGCACCCACAAUAAGUAUUUACAAUUGUUAUAUCUUCUUGAUGAACUGACCCUUUUAUAAUUAUAUAAUGAACUUUGUCUCUUGUUACCAUUUUUGGCUUAAAGUCUAUUUUGUCUGAUAUAAAUAUAGCUACCCCUGCUCACUUUUGGUUUCCAUUUGCCUGGAACUAGUUUUUUCAAUCCUUUCAUUUUUAGUCUAUGUGUGUCCUUAAAGCUGAAGUGAGUCUCUUAUAGGCAGCGUAUAGUUGGAUCUUGUUGUUUUUUUUAAUCCAUUCAGCCACUCUGUGUCUUUUGAUUCGAGAAUUUAGUCCAUUUCCAUUUAAAGUAAUUAUUGAUAGGUUUCUACGUAAUAUUGCCAUUUUGUUAAUUGUUUUCUGGCUAUUUUCUAAUUCCUUUUUUCCUUACUUUUUUUCUUGCUCUCUUCCUUUGUGAUUUGUGAUUCCCUGUAGUGGCAUGCUUGAUUCCUUUCUGAUUUUCUUUUGUAUAUCUAAUGUAGGUCUUUGCUUUGUGGUUAUCAUGUGGCUUACAUUAAAAAAAAUCUUGUAACUACGUAUGGUGAUGGAUGUUAACUAGACUUAUUGUGGUGAUCAUUUUGCAAUAUAUACAAAUAUCAAAUCAUUAUGUUGUACACCUGAAACUAAUGUAAUACUAUAUAUGUCAAUUAUAUUGAAAUAAAGUAAUUUUUUAAAACAUCUUACAGUUACAACAGUCUAUUUUAAACUGUUAACAACUUAGAACACAUAAAAAAGCUCUACAUUUUUAUACUCCACCACCCGACAUUUUAUGUUUUGGCUGUCAAAAUUUACAUCA